CCAGCCCGGGCAGCGAGCGCUUGGUGCAGGACGCAGAAGCUAGCGGCCAGUCUCUCUGACUCUUCGGUGCCGCCGCUGCCUGCUCCCGCCACCCGAGGAGGCGGGGUGCCACCCACUCCUCUGUCCCUUGCUUGCGCUGAGUGCCCGACUUGAGCUCGACCGCAUCUUCCCUUUCCCUCCCGACUGCCCAAGUCACUGUUUCUUUCUCUCUCUCUCCCUCGAUCGCUCCCUUCCUUCUCUCUCUCUCUCUCUCUAGCGCGGGGAAAAGAGGAGGAGGAAUUCUUUCCCCGCCUAACAUUUCAAGGGACACAAUUCACUCCAAGUCUCUUCCCUUUCCAAGCCUCUGCCGAAGUGCUCCCAGUGCCCGCAACUCCUGAUCCCAAACCGAGAAAAGAGUCUCUCCAACUUCAAACCCUCUUUUCUUUUCCUCGGCUUCCCUCCUCCGCUCGCUACCUCCACCGCCAAAACCACCUCCACCUUCGGCACUCACCCACCACUGUCGCCGCCACCGGCAGCGCCUCCUUCUCUCCUCCUCCUCCCCUCUUUUCUCUUUGGCAGCCGCUGGACGUCCGGUGUUGAUGGUGGCAGCGGCGGCAGCCUAAGCAACAGCAGUCCUCGCAGCACUCCAGCUCUCGCUCUCCCUGCCUGCUUUUCCAGCCCUCUCACCCAGUCUCCCGAAAGGUGCUGGGCAGAUUCCGGGUGGCUGAGGCUAAGCGGCUGCAGCAGCAGUAGCGGCAGCGGUAGCGGCGAAGGCAGCGCUUGCGGCGGCGGCGGCGGCUGCAGGAGGCAGGAUGAGCGCACGCGGUGAAGGCGCCGGGCAGCCGUCCACUUCAGCCCAGGGACAACCUGCAGUCCCGGCGCCUCAGAAGAGAGGACGCGGCCGACCCAGGAAGCAACAGCAAGAGCCAACCUGUGAGCCCUCACCUAAGAGACCCAGGGGAAGACCUAAAGGCAGCAAAAACAAGAGUCCUUCUAAAGCAGCUCAAAAGAAAGCAGAAGCCACUGGAGAAAAACGGCCAAGAGGCAGACCCAGGAAAUGGCCACAACAAGUCGUUCAGAAGAAGCCUGCUCAGGAGGAGACUGAAGAGACAUCCUCCCAAGAGUCGGCGGAGGAGGACUAGGUGGCGCCAGCGUUCGAUUUCUACCUCAGCAGCAGUUGGAUCUUUCGAAGGGAGAAGACACUGCAGUGACCACUUACUCUCUAUGGCCAUGGUCUUUCCACUUUC